AUUCCACCCACUGCUGUCAGAAAUGGCUUCAGGGAAAGAUACUUGCCCUACUUUGCCUAAAAUCACCAACAACUGCUCUGAUGAGAGUCCCUACAAACCUGCUAAUAAGUAUGAAGAGAUUCAUUUGCCACGAUUUUCAUUAAAGCAAGGAAUGAUCCCAACACGUUAUGUUAUGCCUUGGAAAGAAAACAUGAUAUUCAGGAAUGUGAAUCUGAAGCGAGCAGAGGUGUGUGGGAUCUAUACUGGCCCUUUUGAAGACUCUCUGUUUUUGAACCACAGUGAAAGGCUUUGCCAUGGGGAAGAUCGUAAAGUCGUCUUGAAAAAAGGCCCACCAGAAAUAAAAAUUGCAGAUAUGCCUUUGCAUUCACCUCUCUCCAGAUACCAAAGCACUGUGAUUUCCCAUGGCUUCAGGAGACGACUAGUCUGAUGAAAGAAGAAUAAAAUAAUAAAGCGUUUCAAUCUC